AUGGCUGAAUGCCAUAUAGUCUCCAAAUUAACUAACUCAUGUAAGCUACAUCCUCUGUCCACUUACUACCAAUUUACCUCCGUUAUCCUUAGUUUACCACCGUUCACCUCCGUUCACCUCUGUUUGCCUCCGUUAACCUUCAUUCCCCUCCGAUUACCUCCGUUGACCACCGUUCACUUUCGUUUACCCCUGUUCACCUCCGUUCACUUUCGUCACCUCUGUUCACUAGCGCUAACCUCCGCUUACUUUUGUUUACCCCCGUUCACUUUCGUUUACCUUCGUUCAUCUCCGUUUACCUCCGUUCACCUCCGUUCACUUUUGUUUACCUUGAUUCACCUCCGCUCAGUUCCGUUCACUUUCGUUUAUCUCCGUUCACCUCCGUUUACUUCCGUUUACCUCCGUUUACUUCCGUUUACCUCCGUUCACCUCCAUUCACUUUCGUUUACCCCCGUUCACCUCCGUUCACUUUCGUUUACCUCCGUACCUCCGUUCAAUUUCGUUUACCUCCGUUCACGUCCGGAGUGCCCCCCCCACCCCCGGGCGUUUACCUCCGUUCACCUCCGUUUACUGUCGUUUACUUCCGUUCACCUCCGUUCACCUCCGUUCACUUUUGUUCACCCUCGUUCACUUUCGUUUACCUCCGUUCAUAUCCAUUUACCUCCGUUUUCCUCCGUUAACCUUCGUUAUUUAAAAUAGUACCAAAUGCCAAAAAACAUAUAUUUCAAUUGAAAUUGACAUAUAAAGCCAGUAACAGCAAAAGAUUAUUCUCCUUUUCUUUACUGGU